AUGACCGGAAAGUCAACGGAUCCCAUUAAAAUCAAUAAGUGGGAUGGACCGACUGUAAAAAACACACUGGACGAUGCCGUGAAACAGAUUUUGAACGACAGAGUAGGAUGGAAAGAGUAUCACUCUCUGAUGGACGGAAGGCUGCUUAUUUCAUUUAUCGCUGUUUGCUUUUCUGGAUUUGCUAUUGUCUACGAUUACAUUCACCCAUUCCCAAAGUCGAAGAUUGUUCUUGCCGUCUGUUCCAUCACAUAUUUCAUACUCAUGGGAGUGCUACAGUUGUAUCAGUGGUACAUCGAGAAACGUACUUUUUAUCAAGCUGAGGAAUCGGACGGUAAACAGAAGCGGAUAUGGAAAUGGAGCUCCGAGCUGAAAACGUGA